AUUGAAUUUAUAACCAGAAAACUUAACCAACUUCCAGAAGUUGAAAAGAAUCUACUUGAACAUGGAUCAACACACAUUGGGCUUAAAGCUGCUCUUUGUGGCCUAAUAUCAAACAGUCUUUUUCAACGCAUCUUAAAUGUGACACAGGCUCGGAUAGCAGCUGGUUUACCAAUGGCAGUUAUUCCAUUUAUUACAGCACAUUUAGCUUACAAAGCUUUUGUAAGCUUACCUUUGAGUACAGAUAAUCAAGGCUUCAAAAGCUGUUUGAAUGUGGAUGUGGUGACAUGA